AUGUUGUUAGUGCAAGGGGGAAUAGAAGUAGAUAAAGAGAAAAUCAAGGCUAUCAAGGAAUGGUCAACUCCUAAAAGCAUAACUGAGGUGAAUGGUAUUGGAGCUGUUUUAAUGCGAGAUAGAAGGCCAAUAGCUUACUUCAGCGAAAAACUAAGUGGAACAACUUUCAAUUAUCCUACAUAUGACAAGGAAUAUGCUGAAUUGCUAGGAUUCGAAUAUGUUAAGAAAAUGCAUGCUAUUGAUUCGGCCUUUUUUAAUAUAUACAAAUCAUGUGAUAAAGGGGCUAUGGAUAUAUUCUUUAGACAUGAUGGUUACUUAUUUCGAGCAAACAAGUUGUGUGUUGCUAAAUGUUCAAUGAGAGAAUUGUUAAUAAGAGAAAUAAAUAGUGGAGAUUUGAUGGGUCAUUUUGGGGUAAAGAAGACCUUAGAGAUACUAGAUGAACAUUUUUAUUGA